CGAACUCGCAUAUAUCCUAAAAAAAUUGUAAAUGAUUUCUGAGUACUUUUGCACACAUUAUAAUUAGUAAAACUUAAGUCUGAUGGCAUCAAGAGCCGAAGAAGAAUCCGUUGAUGCACUUUCUUCAUUGGAGCAGAAAUUACACGUUAAGGAUUUUAUAUGGUGUGAAAAGGAGUGGCCAUCACUGAGCUAUGACGAGUUUGAGGAUGGGGAGGAUAUUCCGGGUAUAAGUCUGCAGGAAGUAUUGGAGUCGAAGAAAGGGGACAAUUAUGAGAAAUUGUGUCAACUUAUGGUGGCUGCUAGUGCAAGAUGGGGAUUCUUCAAAUUGGUAAAUCAUGGAGUUCCUUCAGAAACUACAGAGAAUUUUAAGCGUCGGUUGCACGAGUUUUUUGAUCUUCCUAUGGAGCAGAAGCUGAAGGGAGCUAGAUCAGCAAGCCUGCCAUUAGGCUAUUCUGCCACUAAUCCUGAUUACGGAGAGAAUUUGCCUUGGGCCGAGAUCAUUCAGCUACUUCAGUCCCCACAGCAGGCUUUGAGUUUCGCCAAGAAUGUGCUUGGUGAUCAGCAUCAACCUUUUAGUGAUGCAAUGAUGGAAUACAUGGACGCGUUGGAUAAACUGGGAAUGAUCAUUUUUGAGAUGCUAGCACAUGGACUUGGUUUGCCAGAUGAUUUUUUCACCAAAAAUUUUACAGAGAAAGACUCGACAAUGAUUCGGAUCAAUAGGUAUCCACCUUGUCCACUACCAGAAAAAUGUCUAGGCCUGGGCAGCCAUUCUGAUCCGCACACACUGACAAUAUUAUUCCAAGAUGAAGUUGGCGGUCUUCAAGUUCUUCAAAAUGAUAAUCAGUGGAUUGGCAUUCGACCUGUCCCAAAUUCUUUCAUCAUCAAUAUCGGCGACACUCUUGAAGCAUGGACAAAUGGAAGAUUGAAGAGUGUGGUUCACAGAGCAGUAGUAAAUAAAGAGAAGAGGAGACUAUCAAUAGCUUAUUUUAUGAGCCCAGCAUGUAGCGCAGUAAUUGACUGCCCUCCUCAGCUAAUUACACAUAACAAACUGUACCUUCCUUUUACAUGGGAAGACUUCAGAAAACAACUUUUAAAUCAAAAGCGGGUUUCGGGCAAGACUGCCCUCAAUAGAUAUCGCCUUGUAGAGCCCAGGCCCAAUAAUUAAUUAUGAGGCCCAUCUUGAUUUUGAACAUUUAUAUUCAGGGCCGGUGUAGAAUAAAGACCUUCUACAGAAAGUAUUUCUGAUGGCUUUUAUUGCUUCUUGCAUCCGACUAUUCGUUAUGCUGCACUACCUGAUUUUGUUUGAAAAGAA